AUGGCAAGCGACACCAGGACCGCGUCCUACCUGGCAUCUGCGAACAGUUAUGGCGGAUUUAGCGAUGGUCGAGCCCAAGUUUACAUCCAUCCUCAGAGCGAUCCGUACUUUCUUGAAAAUCUGUCGCAGAUGCCGCCGGGGGAAGGCUUUGUGCCUCCGGGAUCCCGAGGACAUUCCGCUGGGGUCUGCCGUCCUUGUGCUUGGUAUUGGAAGCCCCAGGGCUGCUGGUAUGGGAGGGACUGCGCACACUGCCACCUUCUGCACCCUCGCACCAAGCUCAAGAAACCUAAAGAUCGGACACCUAAGCCAGAUUUUCUGCUGAAUCAGAGGCAUGUGAGCGUCUACACGGAUUUCACACCACCGCCUCUCGACUACUUGGCCCCAGCGUGGCAGCCAGAAAGGGACAUGGCAAGUGCAGCUCCGCCCUGGAAUUGGCAAGAGUAUCACGAGGAGAUUCCAACCCAGACUGAUCUGGCAUCCGGGAGCUCGGCUCCUUCCGAGACUUCUUCUCAAGCACAGGUCAGAGACUCCAUUCCCCAGGAGCACAGGAAAUCAGCAGCUGCACAUUGGUUGGCCGAGGGCCUUGGUGAUCUCAAUGCCCCUCAGGGUUCGCCUGAUGGAGAGGCCCUGGCCAGCCCUCUGCUGCGCAUGCGUCUUUAA